AUGUCUACGAUGGCCGCCUCUCGCAGCGACACACCGGCGCCGGUGCAUGAGAUGUCCAUGGAGCGGCUGCGGCGCGAGUACGUGUCGCUCAAGAGCACCAGCUACUCGUUGACGGUGGAGGAGUCGCAUCUUAUCAGGAAGAUUGAGACUCUGCGCGAGGAAUCAGUCCGCGCGGUGCUGAACGCUGAAAUGAAGGAGGAGCAGGUGUCGAACCAGCUGUUCCGCCGCCUCGAUGGCGCAGAAAAAGAAGUGCAGCGAUAUCAGACUUUGUUGAAGGAAGAGGAGAGCGAGGCAGAGUCGCUCAGCAGGCGGAUCAAGGAGAUGCGCAGCCAGCAAACAGAGGUCGAGAACGCGUUGGAGGAGCGGCAAGAGUAUCUCUUAAUGAACCUGCAGCGAAAACUGCUCGACAUGGCGCGUAAGAAGACGGCGGUGGAGCAGGAGCUCAUGGCGGAGCGGCAGAGGUACUUGGAUGUGCUUGUCACGCGCCUCAACAUGCUGCGAGGCCGCGGGCUCGUCUCUAGCACUGAGUCUUCUUCGACCAUCCACUCACAGCCGAGCCCGGCGGAGGCGAAUACUACUUCAGUGGAGAAGCACUUUGACGUGCUGCUACCGUCAACGGCAGCGUCCCACACUUCCACGCCAUUGCUGAGGACGGGCGUGCCUCUUGGUGACAACCACAGCAUGCUGCCAUCCGAGAAGCCUCUGCGAGAGGAUGCGUGCACCGAAACCGACAUUUCACUACCCCUCGUCGUCACGCCCGCCGUAACGGCUCAGAAGAAGCCCAAGGAUGGUGUUACUGUGAACGCGUCUCGCGGCAACACAAACAGCACCAGCGGCCGCCUGAGCGCGUCAACGACCCCCCGCUCUGCCGACCUCACGCCACGCUCCUCGCACUCCUCCGAGACUCACCACGCCGUGGCGGCUCUCGAGCGCAAACUCAACCAGCUGCUGCUGGAGCAGGCCGCCGCUAUGCAGCGGACCUCCGCCACAGAGAAGCAGUGCGCCGUGCUGACAGCGAAGCUGCAUGCGGUGCAGGAGGCGACGUUCCUCGACCGCGCCCGUGCCUCGAAGAUGAAGGAAGAGCUGGAGAAGGCACGCGCGCACCUCUCGGAGAUGAAGGCUAGCGACAGCAGUGGCAUUCCAUUCUCGUCAUUCGACGACCCCUCCGUCAUGAGUAGCUCGAAUAUGUCUUUUGACAACUCCAGCUCUGUCGUAUUAAGCAAUCUCUCGCUGCGAGAGCGCACCCGCGAGCUGCUCUCGUCGGUGCCGCUACCAAACCCGAACGAGAGACCUUGCUGA